AUGGGAUUGGUUAUUCCUGAUUAUCUCGGAAAGAAUGAAGGAGUUAUUGACACUGGUAAUCUAUCUAAGACUGAGCCUAAGAUAUUAGGAAUUUUACAAUAAUCGAGUUUUCUGAACUGAUCAAUAAAAGGAAAUCCUAAAGGGACUGAACGAAGUCUGUCCUAGUUUGCCCAGACGGAUAAUCCGUCUUGUCAAACGCGUACUACAGUGCAUGCUUCGAAUAAGGAAAAAGCACGAGAAUAUCACUUAUAUGUUAUUAUUUACUUUCAAUGUGUUUUUAUAUAGGUGUUGAUGAAUUAGACCAAAUAUUUACGGUGCUGUUGAAGACCAGUAUGGCUGUUGGUGGAAUAAUUGCUUGCCUCCUUGACAACCUCAUUCCCGGAACACAAGGAGAAAGAGGAAUUAAGAAAUGGCGUAAUCUUGCUACUGGUCAAGCUGUAAAGAAUGUUGCUUCUGUUCAUGUUUAUGACCUACCAUCUGGUGUUGGAAAUAAAUGGAAAUUUUCUAAAUUUGUUCCAUUUCUACCUUACUAUGACGAACCUGUAGAAAACAUAGAAACUGCAGGGAAUGCUAUGGUUAACAUGGCGGCAGAUACACCAAGUGGAAACAUCUCAGAAGAUAAUCUCUGA